AUGGACAGUCUAGCUACAAUAACUGCCGAAAGAAGAAGGCAUGCUGGACUCAAACAUUGGUGGAUAAUACAUCCAUUUAGUUACGCCAGAUUUCUAUGGGAUGCAUUAAUGAUGGCAAUAUAUUUUAUCGCCUUCUUCACAAUCCCUUUCAUGAUUUGUUUCGUUGUAAUGGAUUAUGAAUUCAUUCGUCUAGAUAAAGUAAAUAUUCCAAUUUACACGAUUUGCUGGCUGGACAUAUUGUUUAAUUGUAUUACAGGAUAUUACGACAAGAGAAAUAUAUCUAUCGAAUUAAAACCUACUAAAAUAUUUCUAUCUUAUCUAAACAAAUUUCUUAUACUGGAUGUGCUAUCCUCUCUUCCAUAUGAUUACAUAACAUUGUCGUGGCGAAGACUUCCUGGAAAUGAUCCAUAUCAUAUCGUUACUCUAAUCAAUAUUAUGCCUUUCAUGAAAUUAACACGCUAUUACACUCUCAAGUCAAAUAUUUAUUAUCUAUUUAUGCAUUUUAAAAUAAAAAAUUUUCAUUUCGAAUUGUAUACUACGCUGUUGCUAGGACUAUACCUAAUCUUCUGGUUUUCUUGCUUGUGUUAUUUGAUACCAAUUUUAGUGAUAUAUUUUCUCAACAUUUCGCCGGCGGAAUGCGAAGAUUGUUGGAUGAUGAGAUUAGGAAACAGCGGCUACAAAAUCAGGUUUAAAAGCGCCGCAUUUAUCGCGCUGGAAAAUAUAUUGGCAAGUGGCUAUGGCCUAUUCGUGCCAACGACGAAUAGUAUCAUUAUUUUAAACAGCGUUCUCAUGAUUAUCGGCAGAUGCAUUGUGUGCUAUAUAUUGGUUAUGUUUCUUCAUAUUAAAGCUGAAAGAAAAUCAUCUGAAGUAAAGUUUCAAGAGAUAAUAGAUCAAGUUAAAGCGUAUACAAGACAAAAGCAGUUGUUGCCGCAUAUGAAGAAACGUCUUUUACUUUAUUAUCAUUAUCGCUUUGCGAACAGUUACUUUCGCAGCAAACAGAUUUUAUCAGAUUUAACAGUACCGUUACGCGAAGAGAUCGCGCUUGAAUCCUGCCGACGAUUAAUCGAAAAUGUGAUAAUUUUUAAGAAUCUGCCGAAAGACGUUUUGCAGUCAAUAGUAAAAAAUUUGAAAUUCGAGUUGUAUCUGCCAAAUGAUGUCAUUGUUAAAGCUGGUACUCAGGGUGAUUGUAUGUUUUUCUUAUCUUGUGGGACUGUUGCGGUUUUGACGCCAACUGGGAAAGAAAUGUGCCAUUUAGAAGACGGUGCCCAUUUCGGUGAGGUCGCGCUCUUAGUGGCGGAUCAGCGGAGGAUAGCCAGCGUUAUCGCGAUCGACGUCUGCGAGGUGUAUCGGCUCGAUCGCAAAGACUUUCGUCAUUGUAUAGACGUUCACAGCCAGCUAUUCGCUGAAAUUGAACGCAUCGCCACGGAACGCGUAGAAAAAACCGUCAGAGUCGAGGAACAGUACAAGCGUUUCCUGAUGCGUCCUAGUAUCGUGCAGAAUGCACGUGAACAUGAAGAAUCUAGACCAAUAAAAACUAAAAUUUAAGUAUAUCCAUUUUACUAUAUGCUUAAUAUUUUACGAAUUUUCUUAUUUUCUAAGAUUUAAGAUAAUUAAAAUAAGUUUUCCGAUUUCUAAUCGAUAUGUCUUAGCGUUUUGCUAUUAUAUAGAAUUAAAAUAAUAUUUUAUCAAGAAAAUAAUUGUAAACAAUUAGAGCAAAUAAACGUAAGGCUGGCUUCAUGAAGUAUUGGUUUUUACCGCAAAAUAACAAUCACGCUGAUCGUGUAAUCAUAUAUUUAAGGACCUUAUAUAUUAUUAUUGUCCAUACAAUAAUCGUAUAGUGGCAUUCUCAUUUUUUUUUAUAUAUAUCUACUUUUAUUUUAAAAUUAUAUAUAUUUAUAUAUAUAUAUAUAUAUAUAUAUAUUAAUCGUGUUAUACCU